GCAAAAUGGCACGGCAUGUCAUCGAUGCCGACAAUUCCUGCCUGUUCAACUCGAUAGCCUAUGCUCUGGAAGGACGCGCAACGGACAAAGCGCCGACACUGCGCGAGACCGUGGCUGCAAUCAUUCUCUCGUCGCCAGACGUGUGGACAGAGGUCGUCUUGGGGAAGAGCCCCGAGGAGUAUGCAGACUGGAUCCAGAGCCCCGAACACUGGGGCGGAGGGAUCGAGCUGGCAGUCUUGUCGGAUCAUUACGAAGCAGAGAUAGCCGCUUUCGACUGCCAAUCGCUGCGGGUUGAUAUCUUCGGCGAGGGGAAGAGCUAUGAGCAACGUGCCCUUCUCAUCUACGACGGCAUUCACUACGAUGUGUUGGUCCGUGAGCCUUUGCCAG